UGCCCCCGAAUUCCGUUGAUCAGUUCAAGGAAUUGUCCAAGAUAUUCCUAACGGAGUUCUUGGCUUUCCGGACAAGGAAGAAGCCUUCGGGAUAUUUGCUAUCAUUGCACCAGCAAGGCAAUGAGAGUCUUAAGGAGUUUAUGGCUCGGUUCAACCGAGAGAAGGCUACGGUCGAAGAUCCGACCGAGGAUAUGAUUUUUGCUGCCAUUUAUCAGGGAAUUUCACCCGAGGAGCCUUUGAUGAAGAAGUUGAUCCGGAAGCAACCGAGUACCUUGCAGGGCCUCAUGGAUAAGGUAGAAGAAUUCAUCAAUCAGGAAGAGACGCUGAAGUCUAUGGCCAGUUCUAGACUACCCCGAGAGACAGCCCCAGAAAAGAAAAGGAAAGAACUCAAGAAAGCUGAUUGGGAAGAGCAGAGGCAGGUAAAGAAGUUCAAAGAUUACAACUUUACACCUCUCAAUGCCGAGAUAUCAGAAGUCCUCAUGGAGAUCAAGAGAGAUCCGGCGUUUCGGGAACCACAAAAGAUACCAGAAGAAUUCAUAAAGAAUGGCAAGCUAGUUCGGUUCUUGGGAGAGCGACGGAACCAUCCAGGAAAUAACAGGCCUCGGAAUCAUCAGGACUAUCAGCCCCGAGAUCAACAGCCACGGGAUUACUAUCCCCGAGACCGUCCUCAGCUAGACGAAAGGUAUCAAGAGAAUGCUCCCCGAGAUGACAUAGAAAGAAGAGAGGACCGAAGAAGCAGAAGCCCACAGCAUAGAGAGCCGAGGCAACAGCAGUAUCUGCCCGUGAUCCCAUAAAAAGGACUCUCGGGAAUUUCAGGCUUGCUUUUAUUUUUUAGUAUUUAUAUUUGCAAAGAACUAGACUUUUAUUUUUAAUUCAGACUAGACAGAAAAUUCCCCAGAUUUUGGGAAUAAGUAUUUUCAGAAUAAAUGAAUAAAGCUGACUUAAGCAUCGGAGUGUUCCCGGUCUAGGGACCAGGAACCCGUUGAUGUUGUUUCUU